GGUCACUGGGACAAGAAGUUCCACUUAAUGUGGCAACUACUGGCUUCCCUAACCUAAUCAACAGUAGGCACAUCACAGUCAAAUGCUCUGUCCCAGGCAACAAAAUCACAGGGAACAAAUAGUGCACAGUUAUAAAAAUGGAGACUGGAGAAAUAUUCUCUCACUGUUGAAUGUGGAUCAUGGGGAAUGUACUUCAUGCUUCAGACAUCUGUUGUGGGUGCAGCCAACAGAAGAGGAUUUAUUAUUCAUAGGAAAAACAAUGAGAGAUGAAAACAUUCCUCUGAUAGUGAGUGUAGGCUGUGGAACUGGACUACUGGAGUGGUUAAUCACCAAUGCCACAGGUUUGGCUGUAAUAGGAGUUGAAGUAGACCGUGCAUGGUGGGAAUCUCCAUAUGCACCGCCCACAUUCAUCCCCCUGAGAUUUGUAAAAGAUGAUGAUGAACUGACAAAACUUCCCAAGGAACACGCACUCCUCUUCUGUUAUUUUAAUAACAACACGGCCUUUUAUGAUUAUUUGAAGGUGUAUGAAGGUGGGUGGCUCAUUAUCAUUGGUCCAACAAUUGGUAGUGGGAGACAUUCAAAACCAGCACCUUUUGAUAAUGACUUUCAAGAUGUUGGAUGGAAAUUACAAACAUUUAAGGAAAUAGGACAUACUAAAGAUUACAUAGCUAUAUACAAACGUAGUGGUAUCACAGUCCUUUAAAA